AUGGAGGAGACGCUGCAACCCGCAGCUCUGACGCUGAGUGCUUCCACUCGUGACUUCCUGGCGGGGGGGGUUUCGGGCCUCAGCGGCGUGGUGGCCGGCCAGCCCCUGGACAAUAUCCUGGCUGGCGAGGGGCCCCGCGCGCUGUUCCGCGGCAUGGCCUACCCCCUGCUCACCAGCGCCCUGCAAAACGCACUGGUGUUCCAGACGUACGGGGCGGCCUGCCGGUGCCUGGAGGCCGAAGCAGACGGUGUCGACCCCGGUGCGGAGAGUGCGCUGCCGCUGGGCCGAGUGGCGGCCGCCGGCGCUGCCGCGGGUUUUCUGCAGACCGCGGUGUGCACCCCCGUGGAGCUGCUCAAGAUCCGACUGCAGCUCCAGACCGCCGCGCGCGGGAGCCCCGGCUACGUGGGGGCCCUGGACCAGGCGCUCCGCAUCUGGCGAGGCCAGGGCAUAUCGGGGCUGUACCUCGGCGCAGGGAUGACCGCGGCGCGCGACGUGCCGUCCUUCGCCGCCUACUUCUGCACCUUCGAGGCGGUGCGCAGGGCCUGCGAGUCCUCGGGCAGCGUGGCGGCGCCGCCUACAUCCACCGCAGACGCUCUGCCCGGCCACGGCUGCGUGCUCGCCGCCGGCGCGGCGGCCGGCCUCGCGGCCUGGCUCGCCGUGUACCCGCUGGACGUGGUCAAGUCGCGGCUGCAGGCGCACGCCGACGCGUCGGCGCCGGGCGCCUGGCGCAUCGCCGCCGACAUGGCCGCCCGCGAGGGACCGCGCGCUUUCUUCCGGGGCCUGCCGGCCACGCUGGGCCGGGCACUGCUCGUCAACGCCGUCAUCUUCUCUGUGUAUGAGGGCGCGCACACCCGUCUCGCCGCCAUCUGA